CCAGGAGGCUCAUGGAGGUGGGGGAGGAAGUCCCCUCCUGAGCUGGUCACUCCCAGAGGACUGGCUGGGGCGGGGCCGCCCAUGGAAAGCUGAUCUGAGCUCUGGGGCCACCUUUACGCCUGCUGCCGCCCAGCUGCCCAGGAGCCCGGGAGUCUAGCCAGGCGCUCAGGACUCCUGCACUCCCUGCCAUGUUCAUGGCAUCCACCACCUCAGGUAAGCUUCCCAUCCCUCGGCAUCCCCAACUCAGCCCGCCUCCCUCACUGGAAAGAGCCGGCCCUCUGGUUCACCUGGGCCUGGGGCUGCCCUUUCCUCCCCACCACAUGCAGUUUGAGGCAGUGUGUGGUGGGGGGAUGGUGCUGGAUGACGUGUGUUGUGCUGGAAGGCCAGGAGCCAGGAAGGAGGAGGCUGGAGGGAAACAGAGGGCCCAGGUUGACAGCGGCCUGGUGCCUGGGCAGAAUUAGACUCACUGACUUGGCCCUCCGCCCCCACCUCUGCCCAGCUGUGCCCCGGCACCUCUCUCAACCUACCCCAGCAGGCAACGGCAGCGAAGGGGAGCUGUGGACUGCCCGGGACCCACUGCUAGCCCAGGCAGAGCUGGCCCUGCUCUCCACCGUCUUCGUGGCUGUGGCCCUGAGCAACGGCCUGGUUUUGGGGGCCCUGGUGCGGCGGGGCCGGCGGGGCCGCUGGGCACCCAUGCACGUCUUCAUCGGCCACCUGUGCCUGGCCGACCUGGCCGUAGCUCUGUUCCAAGUGCUGCCCCAGCUGGCCUGGGACGCCACCGACCGCUUCCGUGGGCCUGAUGCCCUGUGCCGGGCAGUCAAGUACCUGCAGAUGGUGGGCAUGUAUGCCUCCUCCUACAUGAUCCUGGCCAUGACACUGGACCGCCACCGUGCCAUCUGCCGCCCCAUGCUGGCACACCGCCACGCGGGUGGCACUCACUGGAACCGGCCAGUGCUGCUGGCCUGGGCCUUCUCGCUGCUCCUCAGCCUGCCCCAGCUCUUCAUCUUUGCCCAGCGUGACGUGGAUGGCAGCGGGGUCCUUGACUGCUGGGCCCGCUUUGCUGAGCCCUGGGGCCUCCGUGCCUACGUCACCUGGAUCGCCCUAAUGGUGUUUGUGGCUCCUGCCCUGGGUAUCGCUGCCUGUCAGGUGCUCAUCUUCCGGGAGAUUCAUGCCAGCCUGGGGCCAGGGCCGGUGCCGAGGGCCGGCGGGCCCCGCCGAGGGUGCCGGCCGGGCGGCCCUGCCGAGGGAGCCCGGGUGUCGGCGGCCGUGGCCAAGACCGUGAGGAUGACGCUGGUGAUCGUCAUAGUGUACGUGCUGUGCUGGGCGCCCUUCUUCCUUGUGCAGCUGUGGGCCGCGUGGGACCCAGAGGCACCGCGGGAAGGGCCUCCCUUCGUGUUGCUCAUGCUGCUGGCCAGCCUCAACAGCUGUACCAACCCCUGGAUCUACGCCUCCUUCAGCAGCAGCGUCUCCUCCGAGCUGCGAAGCCUGCUCUGCUGCACCCGGAGGCGCGCCCCGCCCAGCCCGGGGCCCCAAGAGGAGUCAUGCGCCACAGCCAGCUCCUUUCUGGCCAAGGACACCCCCUCCUGAGAAAUCGGGGCAGCAGCGGGGGUGGGGGUGCUGCUUUCCUUCUAGAGGCUCCACAGAACUCAGCUGACCGCCUACAAACUGACUCCACGGGGGCCUGGCCGAGACAUGCAGCCAGCCAGUGGAGGUCCCGGGGGCCCAGGGGGCAGAAAAAGGAGGUUGGACCAGGGGCCAUCCUUGCCCCCCCCCCCGCCAUCUUGUCCCCCUUGGCCCUCCCUUCUGACCUUGCCCUCAUAAA